GCCCCGUUAUCUACACUACUUGCUGGCUGUAGUGGAAUUCAUGAUCUGUGUCAGUCUUAUUCUAAACGUUUUCUCUUUUUAACUAAUUGUAGAUUGAUAUAACUUGGAUUGCUUUUGUACCUCGAACAAUAUUUUCAUGUACUUAACUGAAUAGUAAAUAAAGUUUAUCGAUAAAUCAUUUUGAGAUGCACCUACCUAUAAUUAGAUAUGAUACGUAUUCCGAGUAAUGCUAAUAUCAGACUAUAACGGUUAAGUAAUACACAAUUGUAUGCACAUACACCAAAAUGACCGGGGACAUAGAGUGUUAGGUAAAUUGUUAUCAAUUAUAAGGAUAUGUCCAUAUAAUGGAUGGAAAUUAUGUUUCUGUGCUGUACUACUUCACAACGACCAUAUUGACUGAUGUUAGAUGACUAAUCCCGAUGUGGCCCACUAAGGACAUGUAAAGAGACGAUCGUAGAAGAUGAACUUAGUAAUUUCGAAACUGUCCUGCCUGCUACUCCUGACAUUUCCUUAUGGUGUCCAGUGCUUACAGUGCGACUUUACAGAAGAAACAGUCCCGGAAAAACAACCUGAUGGUAGCUUUCGGUGCGUCUGUGAUAGGUCAAAAGGAUAUAUUGGACAAUUCGAUUAUGCAUGCGCCUUUGUUCCUUGUCCAGCUAACAUGGAGCCUGACGACAAAGCAUUUUGUCAGUGCAUCAAUGAGUUCUUCUUCAGAGACAGUCAGUGCGUUCAUAAGUCAAGAUGCAAACCAGAUGAAACCAUAGUCCACAACGGAAGUCGUUUCGACGAUCGAAGAUGUCUUAAGAUGAACACUCAAGUUAGUAUACGAGACCCACCUCUUACGAUGAUAGAAGAUAUCAAACCUACCUCAAUUCGAAUUCAGGUCUUCCGAAAUGAAAACGAGACUGGCCAACUCAAUGUGACCUUGACCGUUUCAGCUGUAACAGACGGAGAUACACAACGUGUUAUUACAGACAGUAUAGGUGAGACAAGAAUGAGUGUUAGUGUCAAUAUCAGUGAACUAGAGGCAAACUCGUCCUACCGGGUACAAGUCACAUCAUCCAAUGAAGCUGGUACAAGCGAUCCCACCUUAAUUUUACUUCACACACAAGAUUUAAUCCCUGCUCGAGCACCUGAGGUGAAACUAAGGGACGUGAACCAAACAGCAUGUACACUUGAGAUAAUUCCUGACAAGAAAAUUGACCGCUCGGGCAAAAUAUUUCUGGAAUUCAGGAGCCUAACUGACGAUACAAAAGGAUAUAUGAUGAAAGAAAUUGAAAGAGGCAAGAUAACGACUGUGAUGUAUGUGGACGGAUUAGUAGCAAACACUACAUACCAGUUUCAAAUUAAAACGGACGAUAUUGCAGGACUAAGUGACGCCAGACAGAUAAUUAUACAGACAACGGCUGAGGUGGUCAAGAACACCCAACACGAGGGGGGUACAUCGAUUGAGUCAAUAGUCAUUCCAGUCCUUGCCGUUGUCGCUUUUGUGUGUAUUAUUUCUGGAAUCAUAUGGAGACGCACUCGCCGUGGCACCGGUAACGAUCGGAACAGAAUUGUUAAUCCAGUCGAAGAAACUGAUGUCCGUGUGACUGAGAGAACUACAAUUAAUAUAGUUGAUGAAGCUCUUGAGGCUGCAGAAGAUGCUACAAAUGCAACCACACUACUGAAAAAAGAUAGAGAUGAAAAUACUGCUGCAAAAACCACCAUACCAAUUGACAUAGAAUGUCCUAUCAUCCGCCAACCUGUGGAUAAUUGAAAGGAAUCCAAAAUGGAUCUUAGAUGUCAGAUGGAAGAUUUUAAUUGCUGAGGACAUUCCUCUUGAAAAGUGUGUGUAAAUUGAAGAUUUACAGUAAAACAAAACAUAUGAUGUAUUACAAAAAUGACCCGUUUCAAAGUCUGUCAAGUUACAUCAUUCCUUCGAAUGUGUAUUUGCAUAGCCUAUUAUGUUCUCAUUUCAUUUCAACCUAUUUUAUUGUAUAACAUUUAUACAAAUGGGUUAGACAGCAGGCUACGCCUAUAUAAGUCUUCCCUUAUAUAAACAGAACAAUAGUAGAAUUUAACUAAAACAAUUGAAAGUGAAGAAGUAUAAGAAAUAUGUAUAUAAAUUAAGUCAAUGGAGAUGAAAUAUCUUAAGAAAUGAAACAUCUUUUAUGAAUAUAUUGAUUUUUAUGGUCAAAGGGAGGUAAUUAUAAUAAGAACUAACAGUUAGUGGAAAAGGGAGGUAAUAAGGUUCUAGUAUAUCCUUUGUCAAAUAAUGAUAAUGUUUCAGAGUUAUAAAAAGUUUUUGUUCUCAGUUAAUAGCUAUUGCUUAGAUACAGGAUUGGCACCCAGUCUUAAAUCUAGCAGCACUAGAUUUUCAGGCAUAAAAUGUCCUUACUCCUCCUCCUGUAGCCAUCCAUCUUAGUGUGCUAGAUUCAGACUGAAUGCCCCUGCAUCCAAGCAAAGCUUUCAUAUGUCAGAUAUAACAAACUGUGUAAUCAUACUUUGGAAUAAAAAGAUUGUAGUUGAA